AUGCCCCCGAGCAAGCGGAAGUCAUUGCAGGAGACCGCCGCCGUCUCCCUGGGACCGAACGUCGCUGAGGGGGAACUGGUCUUUGGGGUUGCGCAUAUCUAUGCGUCGUUCAACGAUACCUUUGUACAUGUUACGGAUCUUUCUGGGCGGGAAACUAUCUCCCGUGUCACUGGCGGGAUGAAGGUCAAGGCAGACAGGGACGAGUCCUCCCCCUACGCUGCCAUGCUUGCUGCUCAAGACGUCGCCCAGCGAUGCAAGGAAGUCGGUAUCACCGCGCUGCACAUCAAGCUGCGCGCAACCGGUGGUACGGGCACCAAGACUCCCGGCCCAGGGGCGCAGAGCGCGUUGCGUGCACUGGCGCGUGCGGGCAUGAGGAUCGGCAGGAUUGAGGACGUUACGCCCGUGCCGACGGACUCGACUCGCCGCAAGGGUGGUCGCCGUGGUCGUCGUCUGUGAUCCCUCCUCUCCCUCUAUUUCAUACAUUCCUACUCCCUAAAAUGCAUCUACCUCUUGUUCCACAGUCGUCUGAAGCCUUUUGGGCUGCUGGCCGGCCCCGCGAUCGUACGUUUUGCUAGGUUCUAGGUAUUAUGUGCAUUGCGUGUGUGAUUGUGUUAAUCCCUGAAGUUUGCGGGGGAUCCAAUUCCUUGAACGAGGGUAAUACCAUUCCACAGUCUCAUCCACAUCUGAAACAGUCCCAUCCAUUACUCGAAGCCACAGAAUAAUACACUACGCUGUCCCUCCCAUGCUAUCUCCCUCAUCCACCCCCAUAUGUAGUCACAGCAGCGCGAGAGCUGCAUAGUCGACUAUUUUGUAAACGCGCGGAUGACCUUGGCGGCGAUGUGUAGGAAGAAUACGGAGCCGAUGAAACAUAUCGACAGGACGAGGACGACGUAGGGGUCUACUUUAAGUCCAGCACUAUCAUCGUUCGUAUAAAGCCGCAUCAUCGUACUGCUGCUUCCCCCCGCUCCCGCAGCCCGGGUAGAGUUAGGCCUAGUAGCCACAUCCUUCGAGGAGGUGGCGCGGCGCCUGACGACACCUGCUGGACCUUGGGUGCGCGGGGCGGGGCCGUUCCCGAUUGGAGACGUAGGGCGUGAUGAGUCGGACAUUUGUUAGUAUUGGUGUAGGGAAG